UACGAUGUCAAUUGUCAGUACCACAAGCAUCUAAAGGACCGCAUCACUGAGAGUCCAAUCCUGGAGAUCUCUAAAGAACUGAAUAUUAUCCCCGGCAUUGGACUGUGGCAUGUCCAUGGCCAUCAAGACAGUUGCUUUGUGAGAUAUGCAUCAAAUUUCAUCGAGGGCGCUGGGUGGAUUGAUGGUGAAAUCAUGGAGACAUUAUGGGUGCCAUUGAAU